CUACCACUAGAAGCAGUAAUAGCUGCCUGUCGAGUUAUACCGUAAAGGGACUGCCAUGCUAUCAAGACUUUCAUUCUCCAGGCCCCGUGCUCUGUGUUAUACUCGGUUAAAUCUCUCAAAUCUCGCUCGUUAUCGUGAUAUCAUCUGCUUCGCCCACAGUGGCUGCUGGUAUUUGGACUGGAUAAGGAACAGUAAUGAAUUGUGAUUUCUUCUACUCCAUUUUAUCCCUAGUCUCCAAUAGAAGCGGCGUCAUGCGAAAGCUUGUCUACCCCUCCUGCCCCCUGGGUUUGAUCAAUUUGCCUGGCUUCUUGGCGUUGAGAUACAUAUUCCGGCAGCUAUUAGAGCAGUAUAGAUCUCUUGGAUCGAGUUCCCGAUACGGCGAGCCAAGAAACCAAGGCUUUCAAUUUGCUUUACCAGCGGUACAUUGUACUUCGUCUCUUGUCUCAUAUAUUGUUAGAAAUGUCCUCUCUGUUGACUGUGUUUUGCCAAAGAACGCAUAUGCUCUUCCAAUAGGGUGUGAGUCCAGGUUAGUGUUUGGUCAACAAUGCUACAUCUCAAUCCUAGCAUAGAGUCGAGUUGGUUUUUUUUUUAAACUACAUUGGCGUAACGCAAUGCA